AUGCCCGCUCCCGAGGCUCCCCAGCAGCAGGCCCCCAUGGAGGUCCCCGUCGACAACGGCAUCGUCACCCAGCAGCCCUCCGCCGAGCCCCAGCCCGAGAUGAGCCUCCGCGGUGGUGAGGAGGCCGGCUGUGAGAUCUGCUGCGGUCUCUGCGGCUGCGAUGAGUCUUGCUGCUAG